AUGUCGCUUCUUUCCGCCCACCUGGAGCAGAUCUCCAUAUCAUGCCAGGGCAUUGACAGCCUUCCCUUCCCGCCCCCGAAGAUCUUUACCAACGCCCUGCUCUCCAACCCGGACAUCACCUCCCUGAUCCGCGACACCGAAGCCCACGAGCGCGCCCUCUUCUCCGUCCCGCCGCCGCCCCCCACUGCCACGCACCAGAGGAACGCGGACGCGCCAAAGCCGUCAGCCCGCCGGCAGACCGUCUUCAACGUCGCCGGCGGCGAGGUGACCACCGGCCCGCCGCCCAACUCGACCCGCAGCGGACCGACCGCCCGCCGUAACACGGCCGUGGCGGCCGUCCUAGGCGGCGACCUGCACGCACAGAUCGUGCGGCGCGGGGGCGCGGCGGGUGGUGGUGGUGGUGCAGACGGCAGGGCCGCCGGAGAUGUGGACAUCGAGGUGCUGCUGCACGGCGCCGAGAAGCUGUGCGCCGUGUACCCGCUGCCGGGCGCGCUCGAGCGGAUCCCCGCGCAGAGGCAGAAGUACGCGCAGCAGAGCAACACGCUGGCGUACUACGAGGCCAAGGUGGCCGAGCAACAGGAGGCGUUGGAGAGGAUGAAUCUGGAGAGGGUCCUAGAGGAGGAGGACAAGGACGGCGAGGGCGACGACGAGGCCGCGGGA